AUGGUUUUUGUGGACGGGUUACAGGCCCAUCGCCCCAACCGCAUGGGUUUUGUGGGAUCGCACAUGUAUCCCUGGGUGUCGCGGUCCGCUUGCUCCAAGAUCCGACGCUCCCCCCCGGCCGCCCCUAACCGGGAGCAGACGCUGAUGUUGAUCAUUUUUUGCCUUACCCCCACAUUUGCGGGAAUAUACAAUAAAAGGACAAUUCACCCCAGACAACAAGAGUUCAUACAGAGUCGUGAAACAAGCACAUGUGAUGGACGCCAAUCACCUGGUCCCAUUUGUGAGUCCUGUGAUCUCUUGGCCACAUGUGUCAAGCACUCCACUGGCUGGGUCAAUAUACCUGUGGAGACAUGUGACACCCAGAAUGGUUUCUAUUGCAAUUCGCUGCUGGGGCGAUGCAGCAAUGAUACAGGUCCUUGUCAUCCCUUCAGCUCUGAGGGCAAUUUUCCAUGCACCUCACAUGGCAUAUUUCCGGAUCCCUAUGAUUGCCAAAAAUAUCAUAUGUGCUACUUUGUGGGUCCCACGCUAGUUUCGGCCAGUGUUGAAUGUGGUGGCGAUAAGGCUUUCAAUCCGGCCACCGGCCAAUGCUCUCUUACUCUGAGCCAUGCCAUAUGUCAACAGCAGCAGUAUGUUUGUCACAAUGCGGGCGAUGCCAAAGCAUGGCCCCUAAGCUCCAAUAUAUUCUACAUUUGCAAGGCCAGCUCUAAUCAAGAUGAACGCAUUUUGUAUCCCACUCUAUAUCGUUGUGAUGAUGGUGAAGUAUUCGAUGGCUACUAUUGUCGUCCGGGAACAUCCAUGGGUGAGUUGCCUAACUUGCCGACACCGUUGAUACCUGGAAAUCCGGGAAAUCCUGGAAAUCCUCCAAUUGGCCAAAUGUCCACGACCACAAUGAAACCUGGAGUGGUGGAAACAACAUCUAAGCCACGAGUUUGUCCGCAGGUGGGGCUCUUUGCAGAUACCGAUGAUUGUCGCAAAUACUAUUACUGUUCGGCCAUCAAUGGCCAACUAAAAGAGAUGCAGUGUCCACUUGGUACAGUAUUCAAUGAGGAUCUAUCUUCCUGCACCCUGGGAGAUUGCUAG